CUUUAUAAUAGCUAUACUGGCUUUUGCUAUGACAAUAUCCAUGGCAAAGCUUUGUGCCGCUUUGCAUGACUAUGAAAUAGACAGCAACCAAGAGUUGGUAGCCUACGGAGCAACCAACCUGCUCGCGUCAUUUUUUCAGUGUUUUCCAAUGUGUGUUGCGCCACCAAGAACCAUGAUCCUAAGUUCACUUGGUGCCAGAUCUACACUUAAUGCGAUUCCAGCUGCCAUCUUUAUUCUGGUAGUUUUGCUCGUGGCGGGUCACCUCUUUGUCUCUCAUGAAUACCAGUCCUAGCAGCAAUGAUUAUAGUGGCCAUGAAGAAUUUACUGCUUCAAGCCAGACAACUCCCUAAUCUUUGGAGGGUCAGCAAAGCAGAUUUUGUAAUUUGGCUGACAACAGCAUUGGUGUCGAUCCUAGUUGAUCUUGAUAUCGGCCUUAUCGCGGGAGUGGGAACGUCCAUCUUUACCAUUAUCGUCCAGAGUCAGUUUUCGACUGGGCAGCUGGUUGGAAUAUCAGAGCAGGAAGACAUUUACAUUGACCUCAAGGGUCACAAGAAUAUUAAAGAACUGAAAGGAAUAAAAAUAUUCUAUUUUAACACGACGCUCUUUUUUGCCAGUGCAGAAAAAUUUAAAUCUCAGCUUUAUGGGAAAACGUUUAACCCAUUAACUGUAGUGGCGAGUCGGAGUAUUAAACUUGAUUCAGAGAACAACAGACUGUCAAAUGGUGUAAACGGAAACGAAAUGCGGAUACAUCACAUCAUUAUAGACUGUUCAGCAAUGACCUACAUUGACAUGGCUGGCGUGAAUGUGUUGAAGAUGGUUAUUAAGCAAUUCAAGGGAGCUGGGACAGAAGUAUUUUUAGCAAACUGUUGCCGCUAUAUGUUGCAUGUGUUGGACAGUGCUCAGGUGUAUGACAUCCUGCCAAAAGAUCAUGUUUUCUUCAGUGUACACGACGCUGUGACCAAAAUAAUUGGACCUAGAUCAUUUGUGGUGAAAUUUUAAACUGGAGUUUUCUGAGGCUCGAUUAUGUUACCGGCCUUGGUGGUGUCGUGGUUAAGCCAUCGGACGUAAGGUUGGUAGGUA